AUGCAUGUGUUCGGAGUAUUGCGUGUGCUGCUCUACUCUCAUAUCCUCUUGGAGGCAUUGGGAUUGCAGAAAAGCACGGAUGGAAUCCUUACGUCCCAAAGGAUUUCCACAAAUCGCUCGCCAAGGCAUCAGUUACCUUCGUACAUGAUGCACCUUUAUCGGACUUUUACGAGCAAUCACACGCGACCGGUGGAUUUUAUUGAGGAGGAUUCAGCCAAGCAAGCGGACACUGUACGGAGUUUAAUAGCAAAAAGCCUGGACAACAUAGGCAGACACUGGGUGGUGACCUUUGACUUCUCGUCGCUGCUAGCCGACACCAAGAUCCAGGCUGCCGAGUUGCGGAUCCGACUGCCCCAGGUCUCUCAUCACGUGGACAUCGCUGUGGAGCUCCAGCACAAGCAGGACCGUGCAUGCCCAGCACAGGACCCCUGUCGGGAGCAAGAGUCCCUGGGCCUCCUCCCAUCCACUUCCAUGGUCAGCUCCACGGGUCACUGGAGGGUGUACAAUGUCACCAGUCAGCUCCUGGGCUGGAUGAGAGAUCAACCUCGGGGUGGAACGUCGAGGCCAGAAAAGGUGAAGAGAAACGUGGAGCCUCUGCACACCUCACUCCCCUCUCCCUUCACCAGGCCUCUGCAUUUUAUCAGCAACCGGGCGCUUUUGGUGGUCUUCUCAAACACCCUGUCGGACAAGGGUGAGCAGGACAAGGCCAGCUUGCUGCACACAGCCGAAAAGUCCAAGUUCCUCUUUAACACCGAGAACAAGGAGGUGAAGAAGCCCAGGCGGCAGAGGAGCAGGCGUGGGCGCCGAGGGCAACCCAUGAGGCACUUGGAGGCACCCAAGAGAGAGGAAUCUGCGUCACCCUGCCGACGGGUGGAGAUGCAGGUGGAUUUCAAUCAGAUAGGCUGGGGCUCAUGGAUCGUGUUCCCCAAGAAGUACAACGCCUAUCGGUGCGAGGGAAGCUGCCCAAGCCCACUCGGAGAGGAGUUCAACCCAACAAAUCAUGCCUAUAUGCAGAGUCUCUUGAAGUACUACCACCCAAACCGAGUCCCCACUGCUUGCUGUGCCCCCACAAAGAUGAGCCCAUUGAGCAUGCUGUACUACGAGGGUGGAGAAAUGAUUCUGAGACAUCAUGAAGACAUGAUUGUGGCCGAGUGUGGCUGCCACUGAAAUCAAAUGAACUUCUCCACAGCGCUGUCUGGAGCAGAUGAAAAUUCUACCACAGAGGGGGGAACAUCAAGGCCUCUCUUAUGUGGAAACGUAUCAAAGGAUGGUGCAAAAGAGUGAGACAGAGAGACUGGGAGCCAUCGUCAACAGAAUUGACAGGCAAGUCUGUCUUCUGGGAUUAAAUGAUCUGGAGGAGUUUGCUCAUAGAAACAUUGCUGGAGGGCUGAAAUGUACGCGGACAGAUAUACCUUAUCUGGAGGAAUCUAAUACACUUAAAGGAAAAUAUGUGAGCUCUUCCAUGUUGUGUUGCCCAAAGCACCUAGUCUCACCCCUAGGAAAGAACAGACAACCUUAAUGCCCAUGGAUGCGCUGAAAGCAAUAUUCUGUGCCAUAAGCCAUUGAGCUCAUAGACAUUUCAAGCACUGCUGAUGUAUUUUCAGGUACACCAAAGGUGUAUUUGUGUAUACUUAUUGUAAAUAAGAUUUAACUAAA